AAGAUGCUCUGCUGGAAGCUGCGAGGAUCAACAACGUUUCGGAAGUCAACAGGUUGUUGCUGGAAGGCACAGACGUGAACGCGAGGCACAAGCUCGGCUGGACUGCUCUCAUGGUGGCAGCUAUCAGCAGAAACUCCAGCGUGGUGAAGAUCCUGCUCGCAGCUAACGCGGAUCCAAACCUUGGAGAUGAUUUCAGCAGCGUGUAUGAGACUGCCAAGGAAAAAGGCCUCCAUUCUCUAGAAGUCCUUGUAACCCGGGAGGACGACUUCAACAACCGCUUGAACAUCAGAGCCAAUUUCAAGGGCUGCACAGCUCUACACUACGCAGUACUGGCUGAUGACUACCUGACGGUCAAAUUGCUGCUGGAUGGAGGUGCCGACCCCCUGCGGAAGAACGAAAUGGGACAUACGCCCCUGGAUUAUGCCCGCGAAGGGGAGGUCAAGAGCCUUCUGAAAGCGUCGGAGGCGAAGUUCCAGGAGGAGCAGCGCAGGAGGGAGGUGGAGGAACGCCGGAGGUUUCCGCUGGAGCAACGGCUGAAAGAGCACAUCAUCGGUCAGGAGAGCGCGAUAGCGACGGUGGGAGCAGCUAUUCGGAGGAAGGAAAAUGGCUGGUAUGACGAGGAGCACCCGCUGGUCUUUCUUUUCUUGGGAUCAUCUGGAAUAGGUAACGUUUGGCUCGCCCGUCAGGCCGUCAGAUACCGUGUUAAGUAUUUCUUUCUCUUGCAGGGUUUCAUCAGGCUGGACAUGUCAGAGUUCCAGGAGAGGCACGAGGUCGCCAAGUUCAUCGGCUCUCCUCCCGGCUACGUGGGCCAUGAAGAGGGCGGGCAGCUCACCAAAAAGCUGAGGCAGUGUCCAAAUGCUGUGGUGCUCUUCGACGAGGUCGACAAAGCCCACCCAGAUGUCCUCACCAUCAUGCUGCAGCUGUUCGAUGAGGUGAAACCCGUCGGUGUAGGGUGCUCUCCUCAGGCGCCCGACACGCGCAGGGGCAGCCGCGGGAGACCCAAACCCUCCGUCCGGAGCGUCAAGCGCAGGGACACCCCACUACCACACCAAGCCUGGCUGGUGGCACGUGUGGAGGUGGUUCCGGAGGAUGUCCAGAUGACCGACAAGAUAACCAUCUCCAAGCAGUUCAAGGAAAAGGUUAUUCGCCCCAUCUUGAAGGCUCACUUCAGACGAGACGAGUUCCUGGGGAGGAUCAAUGAGAUUGUCUAUUUUCUCCCUUUUUGCCACUCGGAGCUCAUCCAGCUUGUCAACAAGGAGCUGAACUUUUGGGCCAAGAAGGCCAAGGCGAGGCACAACAUCACCCUGCUCUGGGACAGGGAGGUCAUGGACGUGCUGGCUGACGGCUACAACUUGCACUACGGUGCCCGGUCUAUCAAACACGAGGUCGAGCG